AUGGCCGAGGACAAAUUACCUGUGCCGGUGCAUGCGGAUGUUGGACAGGCGGAGCUCCUCCCGACCCCUCCAAAAAGCCCACGUCCAGCUGCGCGCCAAGAGGUCACUUUGGCUAACCCAGAUGCCAACGACUCGUCGGAACCGAGGCUGAGAUACCUCGAGUCUUUAAUACCGCCAUCGGCCGAAGAGUUCAAUCGGAUAGCGUCCAUCCAGAAUGACCGCGAGGAUGAAAUCAGGCGUCUGUCUCGCGAGCACAAGCGCCCCUCCACUGGUUCAAAAUCACCAACCCAACCGUCAACACCUGCCGGGCAUAACCUCAGACAGCCGCCGGUUGACAAGGAAGCAGCCGCGGGAAGCCGGCCUACCAUUAUCGAUGAUAUCCUUCUGACGCGGGCUGCCACCCUGAUUCAGAGGACGUACCGUGGCUACCGCACGCGGCGGCAGAUGUCAGGGCUUACCAUCGAUGCAGACACAAGAUGGGCGCACGCUUUGCGCGAGGCACGCUUCCGUGAGAUCACCAAACCACGACCGCGCUCCUGGUCUGGCGGUGCGGGCGGGGGUGUUGGCGCUGCGAAUCCGCAGAACGGUGACGCCGGUGAGCGUUCGGCCGCCGCCAGGCGUAAUUGGAGGAAAGCGGCCAUCGUUGCGAGAAGGGCUGGUUGGGAUGAGGAUUCCCCCUCGGGUUCCGGCUCGGAUGAGUCGAUUGUGUCUUUGCGGAGCAACAUGGACGAAGAGGAGCGCAAGGCUGCCAGGAAGCGGAGACAGGAGUCAAGGGCAAGGAUGAAAAAGGCGGCCCAGACAAUGGGGUUGCAAUACUUUCUUGAAAUGGUGGACCAGAAGCAUCGGUAUGGCUCGAAUCUGCGGACGUACCACGAGGAGUGGAAGAAAUCGGACACCCAUGAGAACUUCUUCUACUGGCUAGACUUCGGCGAGGGGAGCAACUUGGAGAUGGAAGCGUGUCCCCGCGACCGGCUGGAAAGGGAGCAAGUCCGGUACCUCAGUCGGGAGGAGAGGCAAUACUACCUGGUCAAAAUCGACGCCGAGGGCCGGCUCUGCUGGGCAAAGAACGGUGCCAGGAUAGACACUACAGAGGAUUGGAAGGAUUCGAUACACGGCAUCGUGCCUAGGGAUGACACCACCCCGGCCUACAGCCCACGGCUUGGACAGACCGCCAGGGCCCCGGGCCGUAGUAGCACAGGCGGCGCGAGUAGUGGGAAUUCCGAUUCCCGGGCGUCAGAUUCUGAGCUUGAGGCAGCACGAGCUGCCAAAUAUGCGAACCCAACCCUCGACGAGGCCAAGGGCAUCAAAAAGGUUAGCCAUGUUUCAGCGGCCACAAUCUUCAACAAGAUGCUACGUAAGUCUGUCAGGAAGAACACGUGGAUAUUUGUUGCCGACACAUCGUUCCGGCUCUACGUCGGUAUCAAGAACUCUGGUGCUUUCCAGCACUCAUCCUUUCUUCAGGGUGGCCGAAUUUCAGCGGCUGGGCUCAUCAAGAUCAAGAAUGGGAAGCUCAAAUCAUUGUCGCCCCUCAGUGGGCAUUAUCGUCCCCCUGCUUCCAAUUUUCGCGCCUUUGUUAAGUCGCUAAAGGAUAUGGGCGUCGACAUGAACCACGUAUCAAUCAGCAAAAGUUAUGCGGUUCUCGUGGGCCUGGAGGUCUAUGUGCGCACGAGGCAGAAGAGCAAACGCUUCGUCCAGAAGCUGAUCCACGGAAAAGACAAGAUCGUCGCGCCAGAUGAAGUUGCUAAGAGGCGCGAGGCAGAAAAGGACAACAGUCAAAGUGCCGCCCGAGAGAGGGAGGUGCUCGAGCAAGAGGCCAGGAUAAGGCGGGAGGACAAGACGGGUGUCCGGAUGCUAAGAAAACUGGGGGUCCAAACUGGGCUCGAUCAUGGAGGCGGCAAGGAGCCAGAGUCGCGGGAUGGUGUCACAGGAGAAGAUACGAACUGCAGGCGUGGUUGUGACAAUAGGGGUUAG